CCUUCCCGGCCGUGCCUGCGGGGAGAGCAGCGCGCAGGCGCCGAGCCGAACUGAGCGCGGUGGGGGAGCACGAGCCGGGGCGUCCCCGGCGCGCGCCCCUAGGUGCCAUGCGGGUGCCGCUGGCCCUCCUGGCGCUCGCGGCGCUGCUGGCGUCCCACCGGAGCGCGGCCUCCCGCGGGGAGCAGCCGCCCGCAGUGCCUUCACCAGCACAGAUUGUGGUAACAUCCAACAAUUUCAAAAGUAUCUUACAUUGGCAGUACCCACCUAUGUCUGAAACUCCUCAUUUUAUUGUGGAAAUCAAACCUUACAAUUUAGGUUACUAUAAGAUCAUCUCAUCUUGUGUGAACACUUCAGCUCAUUUUUGUGACUUCUCAAGCGAAAUAUCUGAGCCUUUAACUUCUCACUGGCUUCGAGUUAAAGCUGUUGUUGGGUCACAACAGUCUGAGUAUGUUGAGACAAAUGAGUUUAUUUUGCAGAAGCAUGGAAAAAUAGGACCACCAACACUGAAUCUCUCAAGGCACGGUGAUAAAAUCGUGGUUGAUAUUUACCAUCCUGCAUUCCCAUCUGCGGAGCUUCUUCCUCAGAUCAGUGGCAUUUAUUCAGAGCCCAUGUACUUGGUGACUUUUUGGGAUCGUAAAAAUCAGAGUAAAGAAGAGUUUGCUGAAGACAACUGUACGAUGUAUAAAUGUAGCCUCAACAUCCCAGUUCCUGCUGAAGGUUCCACUUACUGUGUUUCAGCGAAGGGAAGUUUUUAUGGUGAUCUGAUGAUUAGUGCCCCAUCAGAUGAAAUCUGCAUUCAUGUUCCUCUCAAACAGACACUGAGUAAGAAGAUUCUAAAACUUAGCAUGCAGGAUAUUAUCAUUGUCUGUGGUGUUAUUCUGAGCCUGAGUGUAAUUUUGACAGUAUGUUGUGGCUGCAGGAAACUAAGGAAGAACAACAUAAAGCUGCCUAAGUCUUUGGUCAGCGUGAUAAGAAACCUGAACACAGACAGCAUUUUAGAAGCAAAAUCAGAGGCAAAAUACAUUUCUGUAAUAAGCUUCGUGCCAGGCCAGUCAGUGUUGCCAGUGAAUGAAGGAGUAACCUUGCUGAAAGCAGAGCCAAAAGAGGAAACCGUUAGUCCUCAGAAUUCCAGUGAAGCAGCAUCUUCUGUUCCUCCCCCAGAGGCACCAGCCGAAGCAGAAGAGGUGUCUGUGCAGGAAAACACAGAAGAGGUAUCUUCAGAUGAUGAACAGAAUCACAAAGUAAAAGAGAGUUAUUUCAUUUCUAACAGUAGCCAAAUGGAUAUAUGCAGUAACUCUUCGGGUCCAGAGGUUUCUGCGACAGAAAUACAAGAAACAGUCAUUCCAAGCAGCUGCCUCAAGUUUUCUGGCUAUGACAAGCCUCAUGUGCCAUUAGAUAUGUUGAUAGAUGUUGGCGAAGAACAGCCUGUGGUUGCUUACAGGCUGACUGAGUAACCAGCAUGGCUGAAGUGUUUAACCAGAACUCAGGAACAACAGCAUUACUGAAGAUUAUGGAGAGUCUGGGUUAUAUUAUGAACAUCUAGAAAUUCUACUUGUUCUGAUCCAACCAGAAUAACCAGUACACAACUUAGCAGAGUGGGAUCCUGAAAUGGGAGUGAAAGUAGUGCCUGAGAACAGCAUAAAACCUGGGGGGACACUUCAUAAUAACAACUUUUAGAAGUGUUCAUGUAUAUGACAUAGCUCACUAUUUACUAUUUGAAAUAGCAGUCUUUUUUUUUUUUUUUUAAACAGUACUCUAUGGAGAACAAACUCCGUGAAGGAGUAUAAAACAGCAGCUGUAUCAUUAUUCCCUUAUGUUUCAAAUCCUUUUCAAAAUUAAUUUGAUGUACAUAAUGCUUAAGAAAUCCUUCACUUGGUUACAACAGGUGUGCAAGAAAUAUUUGAGAGUUUUUGCCUUUACUGUAGGUAUUCCCUUAUUUUUGUUUUCUAUUGAAGAGUAUUUUUGUAUUAAAAUGCUACUAUUUCUUGUAAGCAAGCAUAUGCCUAUAACCUUUUCCUGUAUAUCUUAAGAAUUAGGUUCUAUGGCCAAGAACUGUUAUUGAUAGUCUUUUCUGAAACUAGAAGUGUGUACUUCCAGGAUCAUUACUUUGUACACUUUGGUGACUAAAUAAUAGACUUUUUCCUUUAUAACGUAAGUCCUCUGACUAAAAAAGCUAUUUUUAAAAGUGCUGUUACUUGUGUAUAGCUGCAUCCAUUUGGAUCACCUAGAUACAUUGUGUAACCGUGUCACGUUCUGGAUUAACUUCUGUGUUAGCAUGCUCGCUGAUCCUCACUGGGAAAAAAAAAAGUGUGUAGUGGGUGGUUGCACAGAUUCUUUAAAAAAUGUUUUCAAAAUUUGGCUUUCCUUCAGAACAUUUUUAUCCUUGUUCUUAGAACAAUAUGAUUUUUUUAAAUAAUAAUCAAUAGGACUCUUCCAGACAUGUUUUCUAGCAGGUUGAAAAAGACUACCAUUUUUUCACUUCUUAAUGACUUAACUCAGGCACUACACCAAAUUACCUCCCUCUAAAAAUGCAUCUCAAGACAAUAGAGAAGUAGUGUGGUAAAUUGUAGUUCGUAAGUUAUUGUCAUCUGACAGCCCUCUGAAUUUUGUAACAUGCGAUUAUAAUUUUGAAAUCUGAAGGAAGAGAAUUGUAUUUUUUAUAUUUAAAAGGUUUUGAAUCUGCCUGCAAUCCAGUUAUUUGCCUUCAGUCAAGGUCUGAUGGGUAUUUUCUCUUUGUAGGAAGAGUUUACGAUAGUUGUUAAUGAAGCUUAGUUCAGAAAAAAGGAUGUUUUACAGAUCCAAGGUGGUGCAUCUAUGCAAAAAUCAUAUCUUUGUUUUAAAAGAUAGUUUUUGUAGGAUUAUCAGAAAUGUUUGCAUGCUAUAGAUGUUUUUAAAGGAAAACCAGUAUUGUAGUACUUCUGUCUUAACAUUUCUCAGUAGCAUGAGUAUUCCUAGGAUAAAGUUAGUUUAUACAACAGUUUCUGGACUGCUUGCAUUCCUGUCGAUAUCAGACAUUAACCACAAUGGUAUAUACUCAGUUCCCAAAGAUGUGAAGGCAAUAGCUGUUUUUUUCCUUCUCUACGCAGGGGAAGGUAACAGAUCUGUCAGCAGGGUUUUGAUAAUUUUAGGAAAAGCCAAAUCAAACAGGUGAAUCUUGUAGUUAUGCUAUAAUGGAAAGCUCAGCAAGAAGGAUUUUGGUGAUGUUAGCUGGCUUUGGUAUGUUUCUGCAUUAUGUUCAAAUGUAGUGAGACCCCCCCAGUAACUUUUGCAGUAUCAUGUUCUGAGUUGAGUUCCUAGAAGGCGUUGCUGGUGACCUACUGCUUAGGAUCCACUAGCGUGUAGAUCUCCCCAUUGCAGAAGUGCAGAAAAUAACUCUCGUGGUGUUACAAGUAGGGUUUGAAAAUCAGAAUUCACUUGCACUUGAAACUUCAACUAAACUGACUUUUCAGUUAAUAUGGUUCACCACUGAAGCAUGCUUUUAGCAGUCUUGCUACUAAAGAGAUGAGCAGCUGUGUCUUGUGCAGAGUUUCUUUCUUUCAGGUUUUGUAGGUUUGUUGAUAAGUACAAAUGGCAAUAAAUAGCUCAGGAAUUUAUAAAUGUCAGGUAAAUAUUUAAGUUAAAUUUGGCUCAGAAAUAGGGUGUUAGAAACUGUGAGGUUAGCUUGGGUUUUUUGGGAAGAAAUUUCUGAUCAGACAAUUUGCUGAGGAUUUCAUCUUCUUGCUAUUGGUAGCUCGUUUUUCUUCUGUAAGUUUUUUUCCAAAAAAAAUGUUGCUGUUCCCCAAGAAGAUCAGGAAUUAGCCAUAGUAAUCAUUCCAUUCGGUAUGUCUGCCUCGAAACUAUUCUGUCAGAAGUAUGUAAUUUCUUGGAAGUGUUAGAUUUACAUUCUAGUUAGAUUUACAUUCUUAACAGUGCAUGUCAAAACCCUGGCACUGUUAGGAAAAUUAUUGACUAAGACUCAGCCUCUUAGAUAUGUGCGAACAUAAGAGAUCACUGAGUGUUUUCUAUUCUGGAAGGUUUUCCUGUUUUCCCUGGAAAGGGAAUGAUAUUUUUUGCCUGUGUGAGGGCAGAUAGAUGCAUUUUAAAACCAAGUGACUGUCUCGGAUUCUUUUCUCUUCCCCCUGCAAUACUACUACAUUGUACAUUGUCCUGAGUCUUUCAAGUCACAUGGAGUCUACCAGCCAGGUGCUAGGAUGUAAUUAAGGACAAGGAUGUAAAGACAGAUCAGAAAUGACACUGAAAUAUAUCAUGAGCAUAUGGGAAAAAUUUGGCAUGGUGGGUAGUUACAUAUAAUGGCAAGGCACUGUUAUUCUGUAAGCUGAAAAUCAAGCACAGGAGUAUGAGUGCUUUGUGCUAUACAACAUAUAUAUCUAUGUGUGCACAACUAGCCACCUCUUGUAACUAUCACAAGGUUAAAUGUUUUUUUAAUGAAAAUUUCUGAACUGUAAUUACAAAAAGCCACUGAAUUAUCACCCUCCUUGCAGGUAUGUUUUCUGUGUGCUGUGUACUUAACAAGUAGCCAAUAGCAUGGGGAAAGUUUAGAUGUUUACAUUGGUCAGGCCAUCUUGCAGUUUUAUAAUUGUGAAAUAAAGAAGUUUAAGGGUGCACAAAGCACCAGAUUCUUUUAUUAGCUGUGACUAGCUGAAAAUGUGAAGCCACGAUGAGACAAGAAUGGGUUCCCUGGGUCUCUAUUUCCCCCAGUCUUGUUUCCAGCAGUUGCUAGUAGCGGUAUUAAGAGAGUGCCUAAAAACAGGGCAAGUACAUGACGGUGUUUGUGCUGGGAUAGAGCCCAGCAGCCUGCAGUGGGAGGACCUCUUGGGAUGGGGAACGUGGAAAUGCCUUACCAGGUACAGCUAGUUAGCCUUGUUUUUGCAAGUAGUACCAAAUAUCUGAGCCACGUCGUUUGGAAGCUGUCAGGUAGUAUUUAUCUAUGCAUUUUCACUUAACCACUAAAUUAGUUUAAUAAAUUAAUAUUCUUGUGGUGAUGUAGUAGUUUGUUUAAGCAUCUCAUGCAGAGCACCUUGACACAAGAUAUCAAAGUUCAUUACAUUUACAGGUUCAAGAUCAUUUAAUAUUCAUGCCUUUUCCAGACAUACCAGCUAUCCAGUAUGACACACAUAUAAGGUUUCACCACUUCAAGCUGUUUCAGGUGAUUUUUUUACUCGUCAUGGCUGCUCAGCUUUCCUCCUUUCCUGUCUCCUAAAGGUGAUUUGGGAGAUGAUGGAAUAUAAAAAACUGCAUCGCAAAACUUUGGCCUAAUACCUGACAACAUUUCUAAGAAAUUCUUUAGUUCUCAUUUUUGCACAGACAUUGUAACUUUUCAUUAUCAGAUCUGCAAUUAACAACGAAGUAUUGUGGUAAUACUGCGUGCUGGCACAGAAGCAUCAAAUGUUCAGCUUUUAUGCUUUUUCCACAUAAAUCAAUAAUGUUGUUAAAAAAAAAAUCAUUCUUGUCAAAUCUACUGACAUCUGUGGAAACAAGAUGUCUUGUAGCGUCCCAGUUGCUGAGAACAGACAUGCAUAUUUGUAUGUAGUCCUUCACUAGUUAAGACUGCAGGAGAAGAAACUUGCAUGAGAAGAGCUGUUUUUCUCAAGGCUAGAAAUAACCGUUUGCUCUGAAGUGGUGCCAUGUAAACCAUUUAGUAUUAAUAAAUAAGAGCUAUUGUACUCAAAUUAAUAGUUUCAGCAUGUCUUAAAAAAACAACAAACACAAAGCGCCCUUCAUCUUAUGUGACCUGCAUAGAUUUCUUUAGUGUUUUUUUUUAAAAAUUCAGUCCUUUAAUUAUGAAGCCCUUGUUUAUUAAUACACUUUCUAUAUUCUCUAAAUGGGUGCGAUCACUGAGCUAGGUGGGACCUCCAGGGGUCUGUGGUUCAUUCUUCUCCCCAGAACUGCAUCGUUCCUCCUACGCAUCAGGCAAUUUAUUCUAAGAGUUCUUUACCCCUAGAAAGUAUUUUCUAAUGUCUAAUGCAAGUCUUCCCGACUUUAGGAACUUAAUUAUCCACAGCGGGCCUGCUGAAUAUACCUUGGUUCUUGUCUGAAAUUUGUAACUAAACUAUUUGUACAUACUGUAAAUUUUAAAUGUCUUUGCAUUGAAUUAAAAAACUGUCAGAAUACAAA